CUCACUGACUGUAUUGAGGAGAGAGAUGCGGGGAGGAGAGAGGGAGCCAGUGAACACACAACCAGAGUCUGAACGACUAAGCACGGGAGCCAGCCAGCAUGAUGCACAAAGUGUGAAGCAGGGAGAAAAAGAGAGACGAGAAGGAGAAACAAGGAGACUCAGUAAGACCGAGUGAAGAGCAGCUGAGGGAGGAAGCUACACUGUUUCAACUCCACACACUCUUUGUAUCCCAAUUGUUAAUUUUGCCUCAGCAUUGGGCAACAAGAAGACAUCUAUCCACUCGCCUGUAACAAUGCUUUUCUGGCUGCUGCUACUGCUUCUUCUCUACUGCUUUGCCGGCACGGGGAGCUCUGCUGUGUUCACCCAACAACCGACAGACUUGGUGGUGGUGGCAGGCCAGCCAGUCACCCUGCCCUGCUCCAUCCCGGGCUACCAUGGCAUGGUGCUCUGGCUGCGUGAUGGCAUGGCCCUGGGUGUUAACAGGGAUCUGUCAGGUUACCCACGAUAUGACAUUGUCGGAGACCACAGUAAAGGAGAAUAUCACCUCUUGAUCCAAAGAACAGAGAUUCAAGAUGACGCUUUCUUUGAGUGCCAGGCCAUCCAAGCGGCUAUCAGAUCAAGACCUGCCCGCCUCACUGUGCUGGUUCCUCCUGAUGACCCGGUGAUAGUGGGAGCCCCGGUGGUGAGUUUGCGGGCUGGUGACCACCUCAACCUCACAUGUCAUGCAGACAACGCCAAACCUGCCGUGUCCAUCAUCUGGAUUCGCAACGGUAUAGUCCUGAGUGGAGCUAUUUACUCAAAGAGCUUGUUGAGGGAUGGUAAGAGGGAGAGCACAGUCAGCACACUCUACCUGUCUCCCUCCAACAUUGAGUCAGGUCAGCACAUUACCUGUCGAGCUUCAAACAAAGCAGCCCCCAAUGGCAAAGAUGCUACUGUCACGAUCAACAUUCAGCACCUGCCAAUUGUCAACCUCAGCGUGGAACCACAACCUGUCGUGGAGGGGACUUUGGUCAGAUUUCAAUGCGCCGCCAAAGCCAACCCACCUGUUCUCUACUACAGAUGGGCCAAAGGAGGUACCCUGAUUCCUGACGUGCCAGGUGACACCUAUGAGGUUCUUGUGGACCACUCUUUCUUCACUGAGCCCGUUUCCUGUGAGGUCACCAAUGCACUGGGCAACACCAACAUCAGUAGGAACGUGGAUGUCUACUUUGGGCCAAGGAUGGCGACAGAGCCUCAGUCUCUGCAGGUGGACCUGGGAUCCGAUGCUGUUUUCCACUGUGCUUGGACAGGAAACCCCUCUCUAACCAUUGUUUGGAUGAAAAGAGGCUCAGGAGUGGUGCUUAGCAACAAGAACACUCUGACACUGAAAGCAGUAAAGCCGGAGGAUGCUGGGAAGUAUGUGUGUCGGGCUGUAGUAUCCAGAGUGGGUGCCGGGGAGAAAGAGAUGUCACUAACUGUGAAUGGUCCCCCCACUAUCUCCAGCACCCAGACCCAGCAGGUGCUCUACGGAGAAAAGGGUGAGAUUAAGUGCUUCAUCCGCAGCACCCCUCCUCCAGACCGUAUCGCCUGGUCCUGGAAGGAGACGGUUUUAGAAUCUGGGACGUCUGGACGCUACACUGUAGAGACAGUCAGUACAGAAGAGGGGGUGAUCUCCACACUGACCAUCAGUAACGUCGUCCCCGCCGAUUUCCAAACUAUCUACAACUGCACGGCGUGGAACAGCUUCGGCUCUGACACUGAGAUCAUACGACUCAAAGAACAAGAUACUCUGCGACUGGCUGUCAUCAUCGGUGUGGCAGUGGGAGCCUUCCUCGCCGUCUCCAUCCUCCUGGGGACGUUAGGCGCUUUCUACUGCACCAGAUUCCAGAGAAAGGAUGUCCAUCUGGUCAUGUCUUCUCUUCCCGUGUCCCUGUCACGCCAGAGAGAUGUGAAAACAGAGAAUCUCAAAGGAGUGGUUUCUGCAAAAAAUGACAUUCGGGUGGAGAUUGUCCACAAGGAUCACAAUGCAGCACAGGAGAGCGAGGAACAUACAAGCAUCAAACAGAUAAUGAUUGGCCGUGGUGAGUUCCAACAGGAGCCUGUGCUAAAGCAGUUAGAGGUGCUCCAGGAAGAAGAGAAGGAGUUCCAGCACAUCAAGGACCCCACCAACGGUUACUACAGUGUCAACACCUUCAACGAGCACCACGCCACCCCCACCAUGUCCACCCUGGCCCCCAGCAAGACUCCAGACCACGUAGUUCCAAGCCCACCCACUGGAUCUCUGGCCACAGGCAAGCAGCGAGUGCCCACCGGCAUGUCCUUCACUAACAUCUACAGCACGCUGGGUGCUGGUCCCCACCGCCUGUAUGACUACAGCCAGCGCCUGGUCCUGGCAAUGGGCAGCAGCUCCAUGGAGCUGUGUGAGCGGGAGUUUCAGCGGAGCUCGCUCAGCGACUCCAGCUCCGUUGUUGACGCGCAGUGUGACAGUAGUGUCAGCAGCUACAGCAAGCACGACGCCUACGUGCAGUUUGACAAGGACAGCAAGACCUCGUCCUCCUCCCAGUCCUCCUCUCACAACUUUGAGCUCAGCAGGCCUGUGCACAAACGCAUGCAGACCCACGUCUAACAGCUCCGGGUGGGGGUGUUCCAAAGAGCCAUUUUACCUUUACUCAGAUGAAAUGUGUGUUUUCAGUGCUUGAUUUGUAUUCUAACAGAGAGACAACAUGAUUGGUGAAGCUGCUGGAAUCAAAGUGCGUCUUCUUGAUCACGAGCCAAUUUAAAAAACAACAACAUGACAACCAUUUGUCUGCUUUCUCGAAAACAAACAGUAGUUUGCUGCUGUCCCCAUUUCACUCGAGGCAGAGUGAUGGUUAGUUAAAGGGAGAACAUUAGACAAAAGCUAUCAAGAGGAAAAGUCUGUUUUUUUUAUUAAUUAAGGGUGUUGUGAGCCCAGCUGUUCCUCCUGCCGGCUACAGCGCUGAGGGGAUUGAGCACCCUUGAAAGCAUGGCACUGGUAGAUGUCACUUGUUUUCUGUACAUCAGUUACCACAACACCAUGGCGACGGUUUUAGUGAGCUGCAUUAGAAAUGGGUUUCUCUUUUGGAUAAUGUGCUGUACAUUGUUUUUGCUCUUUAAAGGCUUUUAUUUGUUGGUCAUUGUUAUCCUCCUGAAAGGACCAUAUGAUGUUCAAAGUGUAUUACAAGGGUAUUGAGAUCCGAAUUUUUUUCCCAUUUAAUGUGAGCGACUUUCAGCUUCUGUGUAUGCUGUAACUCUGAGGAGCACUUUCUAGCUGUCCGAGCAGGUUUGUCACUUUCACAUUUGUCUGAUAUUGUGUUGUUUUCACCAGAGCUUUGUAAACCUGUAGUGUGAUUUUGACUACCCAAAUGACAUGGGGUGAAGAAUUCUUAUUGUCUGACAUUUCUGAUUUUCUAGGGACUUUUGAUGCCCACUGUUUUAAGUGAGCCAAGAGACUAAAUCCUAGCAUUAGUUUGAAAUCUGACAAUUAGACUGCUUCACUCAAGAACAAUGACUUAAAGAAUGAGUAAACACAUGUCCUGCAAAUAUCAAUUUGAGUACUUCUAUAAAGAAUGAGCAGCCAUUCUAUAGAACCACGCUGCAGAAAGAGCCAUUACAAAUGAUGGACAACUCCAGUGAGGAAUACAAAUUAUAAAGUUAAAUAUUGUCAGAUACGAAUGGGGUUGGAGGGAAAAAAAAACAUGUUACAUUACGUAAUGUUCUCUCGAUGAAAAUACUUAAAUAGCAUGGGUUGAUGUACUGUCAUAAUGAAACACUUACACAAAUAUAUGGCUCUUCUUCUUGCUGUGUUUAAAACAAAUCUCAUCAUAUUCAAUAAUCCUACCUUACCUUCUGGGAUUUCUGUUGUGAGAAUACAUUACUGUACAGAAAGAAAGAUUUUGUGCCAACAUUGUGUUUUGAUUAAAGAAAACUACAAUAUACCUCAA